CCCAACUCUCUCUCCACAUACCCAACUUCUCGUCUGGCACUGUACCUAGUCAAUAGCACCCUUGCCAGUCUGAGAGCACGUGCAAUGUUCUUGGCAUAGAACGCCGAUAUUACGUUAUUACGGACCAGCCUCCCAGCCUGCCACCCUGUCAGUACCUGUGCAUUAUCGCGCCUCCGUUCCUUCCAUCGUUCUUCUCAACGUCCUUCUCACAUCGCACUUCAUCUCAGGCUACCCAUGCUUUCGCCGACACAUUUAAUCCUACAAAAUUCCGCAAACGCGACUUCGUCCGAGCAACCUAACCGCGACCUACACUGCCAACAAUGACAAUUCCAUCUCAGUCGGAAAUACUCCAAUCCAAUCCGAUAGGCAUGUCGCACCUUGCGGAAAGACCGAAGCAGCAACGCCAGGCCCAAGCCGUCUUCGAGCUGUACGGAUGUGCCGUUGCCGCCUAGCAAGUGAACCCGUUCAAACUCUCCGAUAAAAGGUAGAAGGGCGAUGGCGAACCGAGUACAUCGCCGCGUCAUUGUCCAAGACUACGGGAAGGCCAUCUACAAGGCGAGCUCCAAGGUUAGCCUUCUUGCUGUGCUAGAAGGCUGCAUCGAAGGAUACAAGUCGUUACACACCCAGGCCGGUAUACUACAAUGUAACAUGUCGCCAAGCAACCUCAUGGUUAAUGAAGACGUCUAUAACCCCUCCUGGUGCUCGUUUUUGAUCGACCUCGAUCUUGCAAUCAAGGAGCAGUGGGAAGAGUCUUCUGGAGCACGGGGGAAGGCCGGCACACCAGCGUUCACGGCCAUCAGGGUGCCUCUUGACGAAGCAAAUCAUUCGUUCAUGCACAAUUUAGAGCCACUCUUCUGGGUGCUUUUUUUUUUGGAUAUGCAUUCACUCUAACGGGCCGGGCAGAGAUAUUGGGGCAAAUGAGUUUGAGUGCUGGAACUACGAGAAUGACGGGAAGUUGGCAGGUUCCAAAAUUAGUGUUGCGUGUGACAAAAGAGAUUUCUUCAUGAUUGCGGAGAUGAACUCUACACAGUAUUUUCAACCAUUGAUCACCCACGGCAAUAGAAUAUGAAUAAGGGUGUUUCCUAAUGGCGAAAGAUGGAGGGGUCUAAAUCCAAAACUGUACUUUAAGAUGAAGGUGAUACUCUGGAUAGCACAGGAUGACUGGAAGGAAUGAGAGGGAUAAUGAGAUUUAUUUUGUUAGUGGGCCGCGGUUAAUGAGAGCCUUUGUUGUUCGCCAAAUGAUUGAAA